AUGGUUGCUACAUGUUUCGCGACUUCCAUUCUUCUUCUUAUCACUAUCACCAGUUUCACCGGUCACAAACCGGGGUCCUAUGUUCGCCUGUACACGGUAUCCCAGCAGAAUGCUUUCCAGCCGGAACACCUUGACUCAUUCGGUGGCCCUAUGGAGCUUGGGGGUACUUACCGCUGCGGCAGCUAUCCCAGCGAAGCGAAAUCUUUGGGAUGCGUAUUCGACCUAAUGAAUUUUGGUUGGACGGCGCCCGAGUGCUAUUACGAGGGAGUAUCUGUCCCGGGGAUAGCUGAAGGCCCUUACAAAUUUUACUUGGAUAAAAAUCUCACUGUGGAAAUUCCACAAGACGUCGCCCUUUCAGGCCGUGUGGUUGAUGUGUACACGACGCGCCACUACCAUGGAGAGCAUUGCAAAUGGUCGCAGGCCGUGGUGGCGCUGGCGAAGGAAGAUGGCAAUAUUUUGAUUCCACAAGUGAUUGCCCAGCAGAACCAUACGAUACACUGUCAGCAUUACAUCGAGGAAUCCUAA